AGUUCGCGUUCCAAUCGAAAAAGGAUCGUACCAAGCGGAAAAAGCUUACCGCGUGUGUUCCGCCAUUUUGUGACGAGUUUAAUCUACGUGAGUCUGAGAGAGGAGAGUUUACACCGUGUUCUGUUCCUCUAUUUAUAAUGUCAAGUGGAAGAGUCUAUGUUGGAAGGUUGAGCUACCAAGCUCGAGAGAGAGAUGUGGAAAGGUUUUUCAGAGGUUUUGGUAGAAUACGUGAGAUCAAUCUAAAAAAUGGCUUUGGGUUUGUGGAAUUUGAAGACUACAGAGAUGCUGAUGAUGCUGUGUAUGAACUGAAUGGCAAAGAACUAGUUGGCGAAAGGGUGAUUAUUGAACAUGCGAGAGGACCAGCCAGAGGUCGUGAUGAAUACAGGUAUGGAUACCGAAGAAGGGGAGACAAGUUUGGAGGAGAAGGAGGCGGCGGAGGCGGAGGAAGGGGAAGAGACGGAGGAGGAGGUGGGGGUGGAAGUAGGAGCUCACAAAGAUAUGGGCCCCCAGUCAGGACUGAAUUUCGCAUCGUUGUGGAGAAUCUAUCCAGCAGAGUUAGCUGGCAGGAUUUGAAAGACUACAUGAGACAGGCAGGAGAAGUCACCUUUGCUGAUGCCCACAAGCAGCACAAGAAUGAAGGAAUUGUUGAGUUUGCUACAUACAGUGACAUGAAGAAUGCAGUUGAGAAGCUUGAUGGAACAGAAAUCAACGGACGUCGCAUCAAGUUGGUGGAGGACAGACCCUCAUCAUCAUCUAGGAGAAGGUCAAGGAGCCACUCCAGGUCUCGCUCUCGAUCUCGCCGUCGCUCCAGGUCUCCCCGAAGCAGAUCCCGAAGCCACUCCCGCAGCCGGUCCCGAUCACGAUCCCGCUCUCGCAAGUCCAGGAGCCGAAGCAAGAGCCCUAGGAAGAGCCCAAAGAGGAGCAGGAGUAGGUCUCUCAGUCCAAUGAAGCGUGAUAGCCGCAGCUGUUCAAGAAGCAAGUCACCCAGGAAUAGCCGUAGCCCUUCACCUAUUGAGCAGAACAACAAGGGAAUGUCAAGAUCCAGAUCUCCUAGCCCUCAAGAUGAUGAUUAGACUGGGUUUGACGGAAGUCAUGGUUUGGCCAAAUGUAAAUGUCUUAUCUAUCAAUGCAGAGAUUUGAAAGAUGUACAGUUGUUUACUUUGUGAACUUUGUAAAUUGACAAUUCAUAUCAGUGACUGGAGUUCAAAACGCUUUGGCUCAUUGCUUUUUACAUCAUAUUAAAUAAUUCAUUAUAACAUGUCGAAAAUAAAAAGGUAGGUCUGUACUUCAAUGUCAAACCUGUUGUCUGAACCAUUGCUGCCAAAUAUCCUUUUGAUGACUUGUCAGAAAAUUGGUUAAAGAAGUCUAAAAUUUUUAGUUGGUGGCUUUGGCCUGAACUUCUUUACUGCAGAAGACUAUAAUUAGAACAGGUCAGGAGUAAGCAACAGUACAUUGGUACUCAUUUAUGUCAGCAUGUUUGAAGUCAAACCUGAACAAAGAACACAAAUCUAAAUAUUUUUACUAUUUUAAUGGUUGCCUUGCAGCAUCCUUAGAUUCGAGAAGGGAUAACAUACCACUGAGUCGAAUUAUCAGCUGCAUGACAUUUAUGAUGCCCUUUGUAUAUUGUAUCUUUCCAAAUUGUAGAAAUUCUUGAAAUUUGUUUGGAGUGGAGAGUUCUAGUACUAUUGCUAUGAAAGAGCUUUAUAUCUUUUCAAGCUAAACCUGAACAGUCCGCUCUCUGCAGAGACAGCAUUUCCCUUCUUAGCCCCUUACUGUGUCAUUCAAAGGUUCUGUAAGUCAUAUUUAGGCAUUCCUUGAUUCUAUUUUUUGCUUUAAUGUUAAUGUGGAGUUCUAAUUUGUGUAUUUUUGUAUGUGUCCUUUCAUUCUGACAAGAUACCUUUUUGGUGAAUUUAAAAUGUUUGUGAUCUGGAGAGCUAAUUGUUAACAUUGCCCUCUUCAAAUUUGUCUUUUUUUAGCUUUCUUGUACAUGAUUUUAUUUGGGUAAUUAUGCUGAAGAUUUUUAUACAUGUAAUGUGUUGAUGUAAUAUGCAGGAUAUGACACAGAUUAUAUUCACGUGGAGACUGGAGCAAAACAUCUCAUUUACACAUUCAAGGAUGACAGGAGAGAACAUUUGCAAGUCAUAGGUCAUUAUCUGUACUCUGUGUGUACUUAACAUCAGGUAUAAUUUGUGUCAUGUUCUCCAGUAAUAUUUGAAUAAUGAUUUAUGAACAGGAUUGUAUUUUAGUAGAUCAAGAAUUUGUAUGGUAACUUGUUUUUCACUUGGAUUAAAAGAAUGGAAGACAAAAA